CUCCGCUCCCCUAACGCUGCGUCCUGUGCGCAUGCGCGCCCCGCGCCGCCGCGCCUCCAGCUGCCCUGGUUACCGUAGGUGUUUGUGAAUUCCCUGCAGCGCCUUCGCUGGAGACCUGAGGCGCCGCUUCAGCCGCGGUUCGUACGCGCGCGCCCGCCCCGCGUCACGUGGGCAGAGGCUGCUUCGCGGUCCCCGGCGGGCGGCUGAGCCGGGAGGAAAGAUCUGCUGCCACCUCUAGCCCUCCCACUACUCCCUGGGGCGGGCACGCGGAUAAAAAUGGCGAAGUGGGGGUAGCUGGCGCGGAACCUGAAGCGAUGGGGCGCGCAAGUGGGGCGGUCGUUGGAGCCUCCUGACGUGGGCGCCAGGUGGUUCUCCGCGGCAAUUUGAACUGGCGACCUCGGGCCGGCGCCUAAAAGGUCAGACCACGGACUCCGCGGGUCGCCGAAGGCCCCGCCGAGAGACGGAGGCGAUGGAUGAACAGAGCGUGGAGAGCAUUGCUGAGGUUUUCCGUUGUUUCAUCUGUAUGGAGAAAUUGCGGGAUGCACGCCUAUGUCCUCAUUGCUCCAAGCUUUGUUGUUUCAGCUGUAUCAGGCGCUGGCUGACAGAGCAGAGAGCUCAAUGUCCUCAUUGCCGUGCACCACUCCAGCUACGAGAACUAGUAAACUGUCGUUGGGCAGAAGAAGUAACACAGCAGCUUGAUACUCUUCAGCUCUGUAGUCUCACCAAACAUGAAGAAAACGAAAAGGACAAAUGUGAAAAUCACCAUGAAAAACUUAGUGUAUUUUGCUGGACUUGUAAGAAGUGUAUCUGCCAUCAGUGUGCACUUUGGGGAGGAAUGCACGGUGGACAUACCUUUAAACCUUUGGCGGAAAUUUACGAACAGCAUGUUACUAAAGUGAAUGAAGAGGUAGCCAAACUUCGUCGGCGUCUCAUGGAACUAAUCAGCUUAGUUCAAGAAGUGGAAAGAAAUGUAGAAGCUGUAAGAAAUGCAAAAGAUGAGCGUGUUCGGGAAAUUAGGAAUGCAGUGGAGAUGAUGAUUGCACGGCUAGACACACAGCUGAAAAAUAAGCUUAUCACACUGAUGGGUCAGAAGACUUCUCUAACACAAGAAACAGAGCUUUUAGAAUCCUUACUUCAGGAGGUAGAGCACCAGUUACGAUCUUGUAGUAAGAGUGAGUUGAUAUCUAAGAGCUCAGAGAUCCUCAUGAUGUUUCAGCAAGUUCAUCGAAAGCCCAUGGCAUCCUUUGUUACCACUCCUGUUCCACCAGAUUUUACCAGUGAAUUAGUACCAUCUUAUGAUUCAGCUACUUUUGUUUUAGAGAAUUUCAGCACUUUGCGUCAGAGAGCAGAUCCUGUUUACAGUCCACCUCUUCAAGUUUCAGGACUUUGUUGGAGGUUAAAAGUUUACCCAGAUGGAAAUGGAGUUGUUCGUGGUUACUACUUAUCUGUGUUUCUGGAACUGUCAGCUGGCUUGCCUGAAACUUCCAAAUAUGAAUAUCGUGUAGAAAUGGUUCAUCAGUCCUGCAAUGAUCCUACGAAAAACAUAAUUCGAGAGUUUGCAUCUGACUUUGAAGUUGGAGAAUGUUGGGGUUAUAAUAGAUUUUUCCGUUUGGACUUACUUGCAAAUGAAGGCUACUUGAAUCGACAAAAUGAUACAGUGAUUUUAAGGUUUCAGGUUCGUUCACCAACUUUCUUUCAAAAAUGCCGGGACCAGCAUUGGUAUAUUACUCAAUUGGAGGCUGCACAGACUAGUUAUAUCCAACAAAUAAAUAACCUUAAAGAGAGACUCACUAUUGAGUUAUCUCGAACUCAGAAGUCAAGAGAUUUGUCACCACCAGCUAAUCAUCUUAGCCCCCAAAAUGAUGACACUCCUGAGACACGAUCUAAGAAGUCUGGGUCCUGUGCUGACAUGCUUCUCCAGGAUAGUCCUACUUCAGCCUCUGUAAGAGAGACCAAAGAGGAUGAAGAUGAGGAGAAGAUUCAGAAUGAAGAUUAUCAUCACGAGCUUUCAGAUGGGGAUCUGGAUCUGGAUCUUGUUGGUGAGGAUGAAGUAAAUCACCUUGAUGGCAGCAGUUCCUCUGCCAGUUCCACAGCAACAAGUAACACGGAGGAAAAUGACAUCGAUGAAGAAACUAUGUCUGGAGAAAAUGAUGUGGAAUACAACAACAUGGAAUUGGAAGAGGGGGAACUGAUGGAAGAUGCAGCUGCUGCAGGACCUCCAGGUAGUAACUAUGGCUAUGUUGGUGCCAGUAGUAGAAUGUCAAGAAGAGCACACUUAUGUUCUACUGCUACAAGUAGUUUAUUAGACAUUGACCCUUUCAUUUUAAUACAUUUGUUGGACCUUAAGGACCGGAGCGGUAUGGAAAAUUUGUGGAGCUUACAGCCUCGCCCACCUGCUUCACUGCUGCAGCCCACAGCUUCGUAUUCUCGAAAAGAUAAAGAUCAAAGGAAGCAGCAGGCAAUGUGGCGAGUUCCCUCUGACUUAAAGAUGCUGAAAAGACUCAAAACUCAAAUGGCUGAAGUUCGAUGUAUGAAAACUGAUGUAAAGAAUCCACUUUCAGAAAUAAAAAGCAGCAGUGCUUCUGGAGACAUGCAGACAAACCUUUUUUCUGCUGACCAGGCAGCUCUGGCUGCAUGUGGAACUGAAAAUUCUGGCAGAUUACAAGAUUUGGGAAUGGAGCUCUUGGCAAAGUCAUCAGUUGCCAGUUGUUACAUACGAAACUCCACAAAUAAGAAGAGUAAUUCACCCAAGCCAGCUCGGUCCAGUAUAGCAGGCAGUCUAUCACUUCGAAGAGCAGUAGACUCUGGGGAAAAUAGCCAUUCAAGGGGAGACUGCCAACCUCUGUCGGAAGGUUCCCCAGGAAGCUCUCAGUCUGGGAGCAGGCAUAGUUCUCCCCGAGCCUUGACACAUGGCACUAUCAGUGACAUUCUGCCAAAAUCCGAAGACCGGCAGUGUCAGGCUUUGGAUUCAGAUGCUAUUGUGGUUGCAGUUAUCAAUGGCUUGCCUGCUGUUGAGAAAAGGAGGAAGAUGGUCACCUUGGGGGGUAAUGUUAAAGGAAGUCGUCUGGAAGGAAUGCAAAUGACUGACUUGGAAAAUAAUUCUGAAACUGGGGAAUUACAGCCUAUACUGCCUGAUGGAGCUUCAGCUGCCCCUGAGGAAGGAAUGAGCAGCGACAGUGAUGUGGAAUGUGACACUGAGAACGAGGAGCAGGAGGAGCACACCAGCCUGGGCGGGUUCAAUGACUCUUUCACGGCACAGCCUCCAGAUGAAGAUGCACAUGCCAGCCUUCCUGAUGGUGAACAAAUAAGCCUUGAAGAUCUCAGCUUCUGUACUGAAGGCAACAGUGGAAGUGUUGCAUCAGAAAGAAUUGAGCUCAUACGAAGACUUCAGCAAGGGAUCCCCUGGAAUGAAUGACAUCAAGUAAGGAAUGGUUACACAGAUUCACUAGUAGGUUUGGACUGAAAAAUAUAAGAAUUAGUGGAGAAUGUUGCUAUAAUUUUUCUAUUUUUUUAUUGUUGUUAAUCUCUUACACUGCCUAAUUUAUAAAUGAAACUUUAGCAUAGGUAUGUACAUCUAGGAACGUAGUUUAUAAUCAGAAGUGUUCUUAAGUUUUGCUCUUAUUUUUCAUGACCUUGAGGUUUUUGUAGUCAUUGAAUUCCCAAAAUGUCAUAGUGAUAUUUGGAUCACCGUACACUUGACUCUCAGGUAUUUUUAUGGCUUUUCUUCUGCUCUCAGGUUAUGUAUAAAAACAGUCAGGAGUGCCCUGGCUGGUUUGGCUCAGUGGUUAGAGUGUCAGCCUAUGGACUGGAGGGUCCCCGGUUUGAUU